CGCACUAAAAGUGAACCCAUCAUUAAAAUUAUAUCUCUUUAAAUACUUAUUUAUUUAAACGACAAAUUUAUGUGAUAUUUAUUAAUAUCGAAGUCUGAUUGAAAGGAAAAGAGACACAAAUUGUGUGAAUAAUAAAUGGAUCGUUGGUUCGGAAGAGUGGCUUUGGUUACGGGGUCUUCGGUAGGAAUUGGCAGAGCUAUCGCUUCCAGUCUUGUUGAACACGGACUCAAAGUGGUUGGAUGUGCUCGUAAUAUAGAUCAGCUCAAUGAAUUGGAGUCUGAAUUAAAGGCAAAGAAACUAAAAGGAAGUUUCAAAGCAAUCAAAUGUGAUUUGAGACAGGAAUCAGAUAUCAAAGCCAUGUUCGAAGAGAUCAGAUCAAGUUUCGGUCGGAUUGACAUCUGUAUUAAUAACGCCGGUCUGGCCAAAGACGCGCCACUCAUUACUGGCGAUACAGAAUCGUGGAGAGAGAUGUUAGACGUAAACGUGACCGCACUGUCCGUCUGCACCCGAGAGUCCAUAAAACUAAUGCAAGCGAAUAACGUAAACGAUGGCCAUAUCAUAGACGUGAGCAGUAUGUCUGGCCAUCGGGUAGUGCCGUCGGCGGCCACUCAUUUCUAUAGCGCCACAAAGUUUGCUGUCAGAGCCCUCGCCGAAGGUCUACGACAGGAACUCAGAGCCAUUAAUAGCGGUAUACGAGUGACUCUCGUCAGUCCCGGUGUCGUUGAAACCGAGUUUGCCGUCAGAUUGACUAAUAGUAAAGAAGGCGUCAAUCCAUACGCAGACAAGCCGUGCAUUAAAGCUCAAGACAUUUCUCAGAUUGUAAUAAAUAUACUACAAAUGCCGGCACACGUCGAGAUCAACGAUGUCCUAAUCAGACCCACCUUUCAGGUCCAAUAGACAAUGUAUUAAUGAUUGAAUUCAUUGUCAUAUAAAAUAAGUUUCAUUUUAAUAAAAUAGUUUAUUUUCUGAACAAAAAAUA